GUUCGGCUCAGCUCGCAGCGAUGUUGCGGAAGUCGAAUGUGACUCUGAUUGUCGUGCCACUCCUGCUCAGCCCGGCCCUAGUGCGUGGCUCCAGCCCUCUGCCCCUGGUCGUCAACACUUGGCCUUUUAAGAAUGCAACCGAAGCAGGUAGUGCAUAUGAAAUCAGAGAACAUGAGAAAUCAAAGUGAAAGAAGAUACCCUCAGCAAUAAUGAAACAGCAAGUCCAGCAGCCUGGGCAGGGGACAAUUCUGUCAUGGCGGACAUUAGCAUCUGGAGGGUCUACCCUGGACGCAGUUGAGAAUGGCUGUGCCAUGUGUGAGCGCGAACAGUGUGAUGGCUCUGUAGGCUUUGGAGGAAGUCCUGAUGAACGUGGGGAAACAACAUUGGAUGCAAUGAUCAUGGAUGGCACUACUAUGGAUGUAGGAGCAGUAGGAGAUCUUAGGCGAAUUAAAAAUGCUAUUGGUGUGGCACGGAAAGUAUUGGAACAUACAACACACACACUUCUAGUAGGAGAGUCAGCCACCAAGUUUGCUGAGAGUAUGGGGUUUAUCAAGGAAGAUUUAUCUACCAAUGCUUCUCAUGCUCUUCAUUCAGAUUGGCUCGUUAGGAAUUGCCAGCCAAAUUAUUGGAAAAAUGUUAUACCAGAUGCUUCAAAAUACUGUGGACCUUACAAACCACCUGGCAUCUUAAAGCAGGACCGCCAUACCUAUAAAGAAAUGAGAGAUGACUGUGGUCAUGAUACUAUUGGCAUGAUUGUAAUCCAUAAGAUGGGACAUACUGCUGCUGGUACCUCUACAAAUGGUCUAAAGUUCAAAAUACCUGGUCGUAUAGGAGAUUCCCCCAUACCUGGAGCCGGUGCCUACGCUGAUGAUGCUUCAGGGGCAGCUGCAGCCACUGGGGAUGGAGAUUUACUGAUGCGCUUCCUUCCAAGCUACCAAGCAGUAGAAUAUAUGAGAAGAGGAGAGGAUCCAACCAUAGCUUGCCAAAAAGCUAUUUCAAGAAUUCAGGAGCAUUUUCCAAAAUUCUUUGGGGCUGUUAUAUGUGCCAAUGUAACUGGAAGUUAUGGUGCUGCUUGCAGUAAACUGCCAACAUUUACUCAGUUUAGUUUCAUGGUUUAUAAUUCUCUAAAAAAUCAGCCAACUGAGGAAAAAGUAGACUGCAUUUAAUCCAUCUUUUCUGUCAAUGUCUAUAUUUAAAGAAGAAAGAAACAAAGGCUAAAACGAUUGUUCACAAUCAUUGUUUAGUUGUCCUUAUGUAUUUUAAAAUUCUUGUGUAAAAUAAGUACAAAAAUAAAUUUAUGCUAAUUUGGCACUUUCUGUAUCUGAAAUUGUUUGACUGUUUUUAAGCUUUGUAGACCCCAUGAAAAUAAAUAUGCAUGUGUGUGUCUUGUUUAUAUUUAA